AUGCGUGGACCUUUUGCUGUCGCUCUCACUGGCCUUGUUGCUGUCGCUAAUGCUUUGAACGCUACCAACGGUACUUUCAUCCCCGUUGCCCCCUCUGUCAACACUACUUCGGUCGCUCCCGUUGUUCCUGUCAGCUCUGCCAACGUCACUGCUCCCGCAGCCUCCUCCGCUGUUGCUGCCAACAACGCUACUGUUAGCUCUGUCGCUCCUGCUUCUUAUGCUAACAGCACCACCGCUGUCCCUGUGACCACUGCUCUUCCCGUCAACUACACGGUUACCAGCACUAUUCCCUGCACUGUCUGUGGUACUACUGUCAUCACUGAGUACACCACCAUCACCAAGACUUUGACCGCUACUGUCGGUGGUAAGCAAUCUGCUUUCACUACGGUUGAGACUACUCCUUACACUACCGUCACUGCCUCCAUCACUACCGAGGUCACUGUCACUGACCAUGUCACCAAGACCAUCACUAAGACCAUGUACCCUGCUCACACUGUCUCCACCAGUGUUGCUGAGCCUGUUACCACUGGCGACUGUGUCACCUACACUCAAUACGAGACCACUUACUUCUCUGACGUCGUGACCACCACUGUCCCUUGCGAGAGUGGUAAGGAGACCACCUCUGCUGUCCCCGUUGUUCCUGAGACUGAGACUACUACCAGCGUUAUUGGUGGUACUACCAAGAUCUACACUCUCCCUGCCAACGGUGACGCUUCUGCCUCCACUGUGACCACCGUUGUUGGUGGCACCACUGUCACUGCCACUGCUACCGUUUCCCGUACCAAGAGUGCUUCUCCUGCUCCCUCUGCUGGUAACGGUGUUGUCUACUCUAACAACAUACCCCCGCUAGUGUUAACUCCACUGCCAACGCUACUAACGGUACUAACGGUUACGAGCCCGUCACUGUCGGUUCCGGCGCUGCUGCCGCCGUUUCCAAGGUUUCCGUUGCUGGUGUCCUUGGUCUCUUCGUCCUCGCCCUCUUGA